AUGCAGCAGUCCCAGCGUGCAUGGGAAGGAGAGAGUCACUCAACGCUAGGACUUCGAUGGCAUCCUCAAGAUGAUGAGUUCUCCUUCACACUGCUUCCACCGUCCGUAGAGAAAUAUACGAAGAGACGGGUUCUCUCUGAAACCGCACGGCUCUUCGAUCCAUUGGGUUGGCUCGCUCCUGUCGUCAUCCGCGCGAAGAUCCUCAUCCAAACUACGUGGCUUCAGGGGUUAGAUUGGGAUGCUCAACUGCCGCCAGCCGACGCUCAUCGUUGGCAGCAACUGCUGGGUGGCCUCCAUCUCCUCGACCGCCUGAGGAUGCCUCGCUGGCUCGGCACGGGCGAUGUGGACUCAUCGCUGCAGCUACAUGGCUUCGCCGACGCGUCCGAGCGCGGGUAUGCUGCCGCCGUGUACCUCCGCAUCGCUGGAAAAAAUGAAACGUCAGUGACACUACUAAUGGCCAAGAGCAAGGUGGCACCUGUCAGGCAAGUGACCUUGCCGAGACUCGAGCUCUGCGCCGCCGCCUUACUCACCACACUGACUCAGCAUGUGCAACGCACGCUCAACUUGGGAGAUGCACCCACGCAUCUGUGGACGGACUCGAAGGUCACGCUCCAGUGGAUCCAGGGACACGCCUCGCGAUGGAAGACCUUCGUUGCCAACCGGGUGUCUCACAUCCAGACCCUACUGCCGAACGCACUCUGGAGACAUGUGGCUGGUCGAGACAACCCUGCGGAUUGUGCAUCGAGGGGCAUUAGUCCGUUGGAAUUGGUAAAUCAUACGUUAUGGUGGACAGGACCUACCUGGUUGCUGGAGGAAGAGGCGGCAUGGCCGCUCACCGAAGUGGACACCCGAGAAGACAACCUUAUCGAGAGACGAGCCGGCAGCCUGAUGACGAGGAGCUUGGUCGUCAUGGAACCUGAGCUCCUCCUCCGCUUUUCGUCGUUGAACCACCUGCUACGAGUCACAGUCUGGUGUCGUCGCUGGCUUCGCACUGUUGCACCAACUGUCACCCCUGGACAGCCACCCACCGCAGACGAAUUAGACGGAGCUCUAUCACACUGGCUACGAGAGGUACAAGCACUCCACUUCCCUGACGAGGUCACCGCUGUUUCUGCAGGCCGCACUGUCGCAACACGCAGUCCGUUGGCCAAACUAGCUCCAUUCGCCGAUACACGUGGCGUGUUGAGAGUAGGAGGACGCUAA